GGCGAGGAAGAUGGCGGUAGUUCCCGGAGUCUCGGGCUGGCGGUGGCGGUGGAGGUGGCUAUGGCAGGGGCUGUGGGCUCGGCCUGCCCCGCCGGGCUUCAGCACUUUGCUCCUCCUCCUCCUGCUGGGAUCCGGGCCGGGGCUGGGGCCGGCCGAGGCGGACCAGACCGAUGAGUACCUGAAGCGGGAGCACUCGCUGUCCAAGCCGUACCAGGGUGUGGGUACUAGCAGUUCUUCACUGUGGACCCUGAUGGGGAAUGCCAUGGUGAUGACCCAGUAUAUCCGCCUUACCCCAGAUAUGCAGAGCAAACAGGGAGCCCUGUGGAACCGGGUGCCUUGCUAUUUGAGAGACUGGGAACUGCAGGUACAUUUCAAAAUCCAUGGACAAGGAAAGAAAAAUCUCAAUGGGGAUGGCUUUGCAAUCUGGUAUACAAAGGAUCGGAUGCAGUCAGGGCCUGUCUUUGGGAGCAAGGACAACUUUGUAGGACUGGGAGUAUUUGUAGACACCUAUCCCAAUGAGGAAAAGCAGCAAGAGGCCCAGAAGAGGAGAUAUUCUCCAGGAGUCCAGCGGGUGUUCCCAUAUGUCUCAGCCAUGGUGAGCAAUGGCUCCCUCAGCUAUGACCAUGAGCGGGAUGGGAGGCCCACAGAAUUGGGUGGCUGCACAGCCAUGGUUCGAAAUCUCAACCAUGAUACUUUCCUGGUGAUUCGCUAUGUCAAGAGGCGCCUGACGAUUAUGUUGGAUAUUGAUGGCAAACACGAAUGGAGGGACUGCAUUGAUGUGCCUGGAGUCCGCCUACCUCGGGGCUACUUCUUUGGCACCUCUUCUGUCACUGGGGAUCUCUCAGAUAACCAUGAUAUCAUCUCCCUGAAACUUUUUGAGCUGACGGUAGAGCGAACUCCAGAAGAGGAAAAGCUGCACCGAGAUGUAUUUCUGCCCUCAGUGGACAAUAUGAAGCUGCCUGAGGUGACACUCCCAAUGGAGCCCUUAAGUGGCCUGGCCCUCUUCCUUAUUGUCUUCUUCUCUCUGGUGGCUGCUGUGUUUGCUCUUGUCAUCGGCAUCAUUGUCUACAACAAAUGGCAGGACCAGAGUCGAAAGCGUUUCUACUGAGCUCUCGUGGCUGCCGCCACUGUGGCUACAACCCUUAGGCACUGGGUGAGAAGAAGCACUGGCCCCCAACAUGCAGCCCAGAAGGAGGACUUCUCCCGUCUCAGACAUCAGAGCCCUUGACUCUGUUUUGUAACUGGAGCUUCAAACCUAGGGACACUGCCUCUCAUUCCCAUAGGAAUCUGUGGGAACAUCUAACUCUGAGACAGGAACCCCAUUCAUAAUGGGGACUGUGCUGCUGCGAUGUGCCUUUCCUUGAGGUCCUACCAGCUGGGAGCCAAGAAGUGUGGGGAGUAUGCACUCUUUGGGUUUUUUGGUGAAAUCAAAAUCACAGGUCAAAAUUUUAUAGCACAGGAUACCUUGAAGGCCAAAGCAAAAGGGGAAUUGUACUGCAGUUUCUACAUCCCCAAAGCACUGAGAUUUCUUCCUAGAAAUCAGUAACUCCUUGGUACUUCCAGCCAUUCAUUCACUGAUCUUUACUAUGUCUCAGACUUUUUUGCAGUAAGAUUUUCCUAGAAAUAAAUGACUCUUCCCUUGUCCCUCCCUGCUCCCCCCCCCCCCCCAUGUCCCCUCUUUCCUUCCUCUGAAGUUCUUUUCCAGCUGGAAGCAGACUGCAUUGCCCUAUCUGUGUGGAUGGCUGGAAGUCUGGAGCUGCAAGAAAGAACGGCUUUUCAUUGACAUUUCCCUAAGGAUCAGGAGGUUGAGCAUUUUGUUUCAGUGCAGCUUUACCUCAAUCUUCCAUCCCCUAUUCUGUGAUUAUGGGUCUUUCUUGAGUUUACCUGUUGGUCUGUCAGUGAGCCUCCCAGCCAUCUACCUGUAAUACCUUGAGCAUUUUUGCUGGGAAGUGGUCGUUGUGUAAAUGAUCUGCCUGGAAUUCAAGAUAUUUUCCCCCUAAGAGUAUAAAAGGGCCCAGCAGCUCCUAUUAGUCUCUCCUGACACUUGCUCAAGGAUUUGCCGGAGCUGCUAAGUUUCAUGUUUUGGGUUUAUGGCGAUUGCUUGAAUCUUGCCAUCAGUGUCAGAAAGUAUGAAGGCUUCCUCCCACAGCCCAGGCUAGGUUUCUCUUUAUGGAAGAUUAUUUGGCCUCCUUAUUGGGAGAAACAAAAGCUGCUCCUAGGAAUGUUGAGCCCCCUCCAUCUCUUCUUAGAGGAGGUUUAACUAUUUUCAGGAGAAGUGUUCUCUGUAAACCUUUCUCUGCCAUCUUGUCUGCUAGGGAGUCAUCUGCCUCCUUGUCAUUGACAUGACCAAUUUGGUUAGUAGCCCAAAGUCUAAUCUAAAAAGGGACUGAAGGCUUCAAAGUGUUCUAUAUAUGUCUAUCACAAAGGAAAUUCUCAAAAUGACUAACAGGGGUAAAGGAUGAGUUCAUGCCUCAGUGCCUUUCCACUUGGGGGUGGGUCUUGGGAGAGGUUUGAGCCUGAGACUCUGAAUGUGUCCCAUAUAGAAGUACUCUCAGGACAGGAAAGGGCCUGGAAUUCAUCUGCAAGUCCUGGCCCCUUUUUUGCUUGGAGUUGUUUUCUAGUAGCCCUGGUGGUAAAUGAAGCCACCAUCCUACAGCUUAGGAGCAGAAGCCUAUUAAUAAAACCUCAGGUGGGACUGAAUCUGGAGUUUGGCUACAUGUACUAGUCCUUUUCCAGCCUGAGAGUAGUUUGUUUAUGCAGCUUUUUAAGCACUUUUGGUUUCAGCUCCCUCCUGCCCUGGUUUCUUCCAGGUUGGGCAGGCCUGCUAUGAAGGGUUAGCCUUAGCUGGUUUGGAGGUUUCGCCUGUCAGUAACACAUAGUAUCUCUGUAUGCCUGAACUGUCAUCCUGUUGGGGUUACAGAUGGUACUCUUGCAGUGGAAGUCUGUUUGCUCAAGGUACUGGUUCUCUCCUACAGCAGAAACCUUACCCUGCUCAAAGGUAUGCCUACCCCAUGGGGGUUAGAGUCCAAAUUUUAGCCCAGAGUUUUAAUUACACAUAGCCUUUAAGAAGGUAGAGUUUAACUGGAUGUCACUAGUUGGGAAACCAAGUGUCCAGUUUACCAUUUUUUGUUACCUUUUAGCCUGAUUGGAGAUUAAUGAGGGAGACACCCACGGCAAAGCAUAGAAGUGGGUUGUUUUAAAUUGGAACACUGUCUAAGGCAGAGAGAUAUUUGGCAUAGGCCUUUGUAUGUAUAUGUGUGCGCCAGGAAUGGGCUUUCUGUAGGCUCAGCUCCUAUUUUGGCUGGGGAUUUAAGAAAGCAAAGUUCUUUGGGGUAAAAGUUUAAUGGGGUAGCAAUAGCAGCUCUAAUGUACCUAUUCUUAGUACUUAGGCCUUUUUUCUUUCCCACAAGCAGACUUGAACCCUUCAGACUCUGUCAAGAGUGAGAGUUACACACACAAAGAAUGCCAGUUGCCACUCAUCUUUUCUUGGCAUUUGCUACUUUAUCACUCCCCUUACCCUCGAACAACUUGAAUUUAUAAUGAAACCCUCUGGCAGCAGACAUUUUUAUUUGGGUAGGAAUUUCCUCUUUACUCUUCUCACAGCUCUGUCCUACCUAAGGGAAUUUGUUUCUUGGCCAAAGUGGCCAAUUAUGGACCACUUGGGCUAUUUACCCUCCAUUUUUGAGUCUCUGCCCAUAGAUAGUGACAUGGGGAAAUUUUCGAAUUUGAUUUUCUUUUUAAUAACCUAGAAACCUCAGGGCUUCACAAUGAUGAGAGCAAUAAAGGUUUGAUGAUAGGAGGCAUGUAGACAGUAAAGUCCCACAGGGGCGUAAAUUGCCUUCAUGGGACUGGGAGGUCAGAAAAAAUGUCCAAGUAGUUGGUGGAUUUUUUGUGGUUAACUUGUGUUUGUAGUCUGUGAGACUUGAGUAGAAGAGCCUCUGGGGGUGGUUGUUGGUGUCCUUCUGAGACUUUCCUUAAACUCUUCAGGUAGAGGUCCAGCUAUCCGAAACUCAGGUUUGAUCAACUUCAUAGCUAAAUAGCUCUGCAAAGAAUGGGAGCAGAGUCAGAUUAAAAUGCCAUGUAGACUCCUUCCCUCUGGAAGACAGUCACUAAGGGAUUGUUCCUGUGGAGCCAUUAUAGAUGGAAGACAAAGACCCUGUAAUUUUGUUUCUCCCUCCCUGCCCCACUAUUUCCCAUCACUUACGGGAGUAGAAUAGAUGAAGAUUAGCACCAAGAGCAACAUGCUCAUCAUCACAAAGGUGAGUGUACAUUUCCGGCGGUAGUGGUGCCAAAGGAUGUAGCGCACACUGAGCCAAGGUGAUAGGAACCACAGGAAUGAGGUUUCUGGUCGUCUGUCUCCCCAUUCAGGAAAUACAUAAUAAGCCAGGGGUGGGGGUGAGGGAGAAAAGGGAAAAAGAAAUUUCAGGUAGAAGAAACCUAGAGUAAAGAGGAUUUUUUUAAAGUAUAAAAUAAUUGUCUCUGUCCUUGGUGUUAA